CCGAAGACUCAGCACAUUCUUCUGAGUUGGUCAAGUCCCCUACAUCCGAAGUAUAUUUGUGGGCCGAGUCGGUCAAUCAAUCCCUAGUUUGACCCAGAUUCCUGACAUACAGAGGAGUUCAACCAAGAGGAAAGCAACAAAAGAAGACCAUUAGCAAAGAGCUCAAAUAGCCGCGACCAUGUCGUCCAAUGGCACCUCUGCCAGUUCGAAAGAACUCUGGCGCCACUCCGCUCCGCACACCACCCAGAUCUAUGACUUCAUGCAAAAGUCCAACCAAAACUACGGAUCGUCUCUGGCCAGCUAUAACGACCUGUGGCAAUGGAGUGUGUCGGAGCCUGCCAAGUUCUGGGAGCAUGUGUGGCAUUAUACUGCUGUAAAAGCUCACAAGCCGUACAACACAGUCCUGGACUCGGACAAACUUCUCUUUCCCAGGCCCAACUUUUUCGCCGGCAGCAGACUCAAUUUCGCCGAGAAUUUACUCUACCCAGCCACAUCGCCCGAUGAAAAUGCCAUCGCAAUCAUCACCGCUACCGAGGCUGAUCGGGAAUUUAUCUCGUGGAAAGAGCUGCGGGAUCGCGUGCGACGAUGCGCUAAUUCACUGAAGGAAGCUGGACUGCAGCCUGGCGACCGGGUCGCAGGAUUCUUAGGAAACCAUGCGAACACGGUCGUUGCGAUGCUAGCAAGCACGUCAAUUGGAGCUUUUUGGACCGGCGUGUCCCCUGACACGGGUGUCCAUGCAGUAUUGGAGCGUCUGGCUCAGAUCGAGCCGAAGAUUUUGUUCGCUGACAAUGCCUCUCUAUAUAAUGGCAAGGUGCACGGGACAAAUGCGAAAAUUCGCCAAAUUAUCCCGGAGCUCCCAAAGCUGGAGGUGUUGGUGAUAUUCGAGACCGUGAAAUCGCACGAAUUCAACCUUGAAGAAGUCUGCCCGGUCCAAGGGAAAGCGUCUACCUAUGAUACUUUUCUCUCUUCGGCCAGUAACCCUUCUGCCCCUCUUGAGUUUACAAGUCUACCUCCUGAGCAUCCAGUCUAUAUUCUGUACUCGUCUGGUACUACGGGGGCACCGAAACCAAUCGUGCAUGGAUCGCUGGGAACGUUGUUGCAACACAAGAAGGAGCACGUGCUUCAUUGCGAUAUACGCCCCGGAGACCGUCUGUUCUAUUUCACCACGGUCACCUGGAUGAUGUGGCAUUGGCUGGUUUCGGCACUUGCUAGUGGCGCUACCAUCGUUCUAUAUGACGGCUCCCCAUUCCGACCCUUUGAUGCCGAAGGGGGAAACGGAGAGAUGGCUAUGCCACGACUGAUCGAUGAAUUGCAAAUCACCCACUUUGGAACGUCGGCAAAAUAUCUGUCUGUUCUAGAACAGGCGUCUCUCAAUCCCAGGACGCACCCGCACCGCCCGGUAACCUUGCAAUCAUUGAGGGCGAUCUUUAGUACCGGCUCACCACUGGCCCCUUCCACUUUCGAGUAUGUUUACUCCUCCAUCCAUCCCGAUAUCAUGCUGGGCUCGAUCACUGGGGGUACCGACAUCCUAUCAUUAUUUUGUGCUAGCUGCCCAAUUAUUCCCGUCUAUAAGGGUGAGAUUCAGUGUCGUUGCCUCGCAAUGGCUGUCUCUGUGUAUGACUACGCCGGCAAUGAUAUAAGCACCUCUGACGAGCCCGGCGAUCUCGUCUGCACGAAGCCUUUCCCUGCGCAACCGGUGAUGUUCUGGCCUCCUGGUCCUGUCGGGGCCGAAAAAUACCGCAAAAGUUAUUUUGACGUCUUUGGCCCGUCGAUCUGGCAUCACGGCGAUUUUGUGCGCCUGAAUCCCCAAACCGGGGGCGUGACUAUGCUGGGCCGGAGUGACGGUGUUCUGAAGCCAGCCGGUGUCAGAUUUGGAAGUGCAGAGAUAUACAAUGUCCUUCUCAAACACUUUGCGGACGAGGUUGAGGAUUCCCUGUGCGUGGGAAGAAGACGAGAAGGAGUCGAUGCAGAUGAAACCGUCGUCUUGUUUGUGAAAUUGGCUUCACCUGACGGAUUGUCUUCAAUGCCCUCAGACCUAGUAGCACGGAUCCAAGCAACCAUCCGCAAGGAACUUAGCCCUCGCCAUGUUCCUGGAAUUGUUGAUGCUUGCCCCGAGAUUCCGGUCACUUCCAACGGCAAGAAGGUGGAAAAUGCCGUGAAGCAGAUUCUUUGUGGCUUGAAUAUCAAGAUUGGAGCAAGUGUUGCCAAUGCCGGUUGUCUUGACUGGUAUCGUUCCUGGGCAGCAGAGCACCCGUAGGAUGUGGCUUUGAGCUUUCUAUUCCCUUAUUAGUGCUGAACUGAUAGACUGGCUGGUAUGGUUGAAAAGUCGAUUCCAAAUAAUAGAUUGGUAUAUUUGGGUGUGCCCGGGAAUUAGUCAACAGCGAUUCUAGAUCUCAGAUUAUUAAAGGAU